GAGCGGAAGUGUAUUCUAAGCAGGACCUGACCUCAAAGCAUGAGACAGUGUCGUUUUGAUUGUAUUUUUUUUAAUAAAAUAUAAAUAUUUUUGUUGCUCUAAUGGAUCCUAAUCUGCUGCAGUGGAGACAACUCGGACAGUCUUUUGUCCAUCGGUUGCAGACCUGGGUCAGUGUGUUGGACCCGUCUCUGCUGCUCUCCUCUGAUCCUGAAAUCGUGAAGGCCCACGAUGCUCUCCUCGCAGGUGGACAGCAGCUGAGUGAAAAGGAGGAAGCUGCAGUGAUCCUCUCCCUGUCGUCGGUUCAUGCUGAUUCUGGAUCAGUUAUUCCUUUAGCUUUCCGCCCCCCAGCAUAUUUUCCAGUUUUAGGACCUCUGGUUGUCUGCAGCUUCUUACCUCACAACGUCGUCAGACACGCUCUGUUUCUGCAGUUCCUGCUGCAGAGUUACAACGCCGGCUUCAACUUUGUCAACAGAAACUGUUCAGCAGAGCAGGGAAAGAAGGCGUCUCUGAAGCAGCUUCUGCUCGUCUCAGGAACCAUCUUGAACACAACCAUUGCCGGGGCUCUUCCUCAGAUAUUUAUCACCAGCUUCAGUCUCUCCAGCCCCUUGAUGCUGACUCUCUGCAGGUCCUUCCUCCCAGUCCCGCUGUCAGCUUCUUUAGCUGCUUUCAGUGUUUUCACCAUCCGAAGUGAGGAGUCUGUAACGGGGAUCCAGCUGUUUGAUCAGAGCGGGAACCCCAUCGGGUUCUCCAGAGCAGCCGGAGAUAAGGCUGUGAGGGAGACGGCGCUGUCCAGAGCGGUGCUGUUUGGGACGACUGCUGCUGUUCCUAACCUGCUGGUUUUACUCCUACGAAGAACUCGAUGGUUCCGUAGAACCCCCCUGCUGCUCACUCCGUGUUAUUACCUCAGCACCGGGCUGGUUCUGAGCAUGAUGGUUCCGCUCUCCUUCAGCCUCUUCCCACAGCUGGGCUCGAUAAGAAGAGAACAGGUGGAGGAGGAGCUGCUGGCCGGAGCUGCUGGAGAGGAGUUCUUCUUCCACCGAGGACUCUGAGCAGAACCGCCCGCAAAAUAAAACCUG